AUGAUCGAGAAAAUAGUCAAAUUAUGUGAGGAACCAGCGGGUACCCGAGAGACAAGAUAUUGUGCCACUUCUUUGGAAUCAAUGGUUGAUUUCAUCUCAUCUCACCUGGGAACAAACAACAUUUUAGCAAUGUCAACCGAGGUAGAAAAGGAAACUCCAGAGGCGCAAACAUAUAUCAUCGAAGAAGUGAAAGAGAAAACAAAUGGCAAAGGAAUUGUAUGUCACAAAGCGGCUUACCCAUAUGCGGUACAUGUCUGCCAUGAUUUUGGAAACAGCAGGACCUUUAAGGUGUCAAUGGUGGGUGCUGAUGGUACAAAAGUUAAUGCAGUAUCAAUCUGCCAUGAGAAUACUGCAGCCAUGAACCCUAAGGCAUUGCCUUUUCAAUUGCUCAACAUUAAGCCCGGCGGUAAGCCGUUUUGCCAUUUCAUUUUGGACGAUCAGGUUGCCGUCGUUCCUGCUCAAGACGCAACUCAAGUGGCUGAAAACUGA